AAACUGCGCCUCUUGCAUCUGCUUUAUUGAGUUGCUUUUCUGUUUAAAAAUAAUAAUAAUUACUCCCGCUAGGAUGUGACCACUCAAAUUGAAAUAACUAAAGAUUUUUCUGUGAAACCACUAUUUCCAGAGAGUCCCGACCAAAUGGUCAUAGUGUGGAGUACCAUCAAUGACACUAAGGCAUCAACAGUUUUGUAUGGUACCAAUGGCAAACUGAAACUUGAGGCCAGUGGCGUGCGGGAGAAGUUUGUUGACAAUGGAACACUGAAGAGAUUGCAGUUUAUCCAUAGGGUCGUGCUCAAAGGCCUGGCACCAGACACAGAAUACAGUAAGUAGGUCAAAUAGUUCGACAUGGAAUACAGUAAGUAGGUCAAUAGAGUGUCAUGGAAUACAGUAAGUAGAUAAAAAAGUUCGACAUGGAAAGUCAGUAAGUAGGUCAAAUAGUUACUCACGGACAACAGUAAGUAGGUCAAAUAGUUAGUCACGGACAACAGUAAGUAGGUCAAAUAGUUCAUCAUGGAAUAAGGUGAGCAGGUCAAAAAGUUCUUCAUGGAAUUCAGUACGCAGGUCAAAUAAUUUGUUCAGGAAUACAGUAGGUCAAAUAGUAGUUCAAGGAACAACGUAAAUAGGUCACAUGGUUGGAAUAAAGGAAGUAGGUUAAAUAAUAGGGUGAUGGAAUACAGUAAUUAGGUUGAUUAGAAGAUUAUACAAUGCACUGAGUAGGUUAUAUAUGAGGUCGUGUAAUACAGUAAGAACGUUAAAUAGCAGGUCGGGGAAAACGGUAAGUAGAUUAAACUGUUGGUCAUGGAAUGAAUUCUUACAUGUUUUAUUAGAGACAUAACACAAUGAGUAGUUUUGAUAGUCAAUGAUUGGCUGGCCUAUGUAAACUGCAGUCAAUGAUUAGCUGUCCCGUGUAAACUGUCAAUAUUUGGCUGUCCUAUGUAAACAGUAGUCAAUGAUUGGCUGUCCUAUUUAAACUGUAGUCAAUGAUUGGCUGUCCUACGUAAACUGUAGUCAAUGAUUAGCUGUCCCGUGUAAACUGUCAAUAUUUGGCUGUCCUAUGUAAACAGUAGUCAAUGAUUGGCUGUCCCGUGUAAACUGUCAAUGUUUGGUUGUCCUAUGUAAACAGUAGUCAAUGAUUGGCUGUCCUAUGUAAACUGUAGUCAAUGAUUGGCUGUCCCGUGUAAACUGUCAAUAUUUGGCUGUCCUAUGUAAACAGUAGUCAAUGAUUGGCUGCCCUAUGUAAACUGUAGUCAAUGAUUGGCUGUCCUAUGUAAACUGUAGUCAAUGAUUGGCUGUCCUAUUUAAACUGUAGUCAAUGUUUGGCUGCCCUAUGUAAACUGUAGUCAAUGAUUGGCUGUCCCGUGUAAACUGUCAAUAUUUGGCUGUCCAAUGUAAACAGUAGUCAAUGAUUGGCUGUUUUAUGUAAACUGUAGUCAAUGAUUGGCUGUUCCGUGUAAACUGUCAAUAUUUGGCUGUCCUACGUAAACUGUAGUCAAUGAUUGGCUGCCCUAUGUAAACUGUAGUCAAUGUUUGGCUGUCCUAUGUAAACUGUAGUCAAUGUUUGGCUGUCCUGUUCAAACUGUAGUCAAAUUGUGGCUGUCCUAUGUAAACUGUAGUCAAUGUUUGGCUGUCCUGUUCAAACUGUAGUCAAUAUUUGGCUGUCCUGUUCAAACUGUAGUCAAUGUUUGACUGUCCUGUUCAAACUGUAGUCAAUAUUUGGCUGUCCUGUUCAAACUGUAGUCAAUAUUUGGCUGUCCUGUUCAAACUGUAGUCAAUGUUUGGCUGUCCUAUUCAAACUGUAGUCAAUGUUUGACUGUCCUAUGUAAACUGUAGUCAAUGUUUGGCUGUCCUGUUCAAACUGUAGUCAAUUUUUGACUGUCCUGUUCAAACUGUAGUCAAUAUUUGGCUGUCCUGUUCAAACUGUAGUCAAUAUUUGGCUGUCCUAUGUAAACUGUAGUCAAUGUUUGGCUGUCCUGUUCAAACUGUAGUCAAUGUUUGACUGUCCUAUGUAAACUGUAGUCAAUGAUUGGCUGUCCUAUUUAAACUGUAGUCAAUGAUUGGCUGUCCUAUGUAGACUGUAGUCAAUGAUUGGCUGUAUUAUGUAAACCGUAGUCCCAUAUUUCAGGCUACAUUGUUGGAUGCAAGGUUUAUGGCUGGUCAAAUCUGUUCACCUUCCGGACCUGGCCUCAAGGAGAAAAAUGGAGUCCAAGCCUUGCAGUGUUUGGUGACAUGGGCAAUUCUAAUGCCCAAUCUUUGCCUAGGCUUCAGAUUGAUGCCCAGACAGGGAUGUAUGAUGCAAUCAUUCAUGUUGGUAUGUCCCGAAAUACUACUUUUAUAUAUUGACAUUGUUUUUUAUUUAAAAUGAUGGACUAAUUUGACCAGGAGCAAUGUAAACACAAUGUAAACACAAUGUAAACACAAUGUAAACACAAUUAACAUAGAACAAUAAUCUCAUGAUCUUUUUUUUUUUUUUUGCAGGAUAUUUUGCUUACGAUUUGGAUUCGGUGAGUUAAUCAUUAGCUUUAUUUUGAGUACCUUAUAUAUAUAAAUCGUCUCUACAUUGCUAUGUAUAAUCUUGCAGAAACAUAACAGUUAAUAAGCAGUUUAAGGUAACUCUUGAAAUAUUUACUAUUUAACUAUGACACAAUUCAAAAGUAGAUUCAAAUAUAGAAACGCAAAAAUGUUUCGUUUAAAAUAAUUUGUAGGACAACGCUCGUGUGGGUUAUGAGUUCAUGAGACAUAUUGAGCCGAUUGCCUCCAGACUUCCUUACAUGACCUGUCCAGGCAACCAUGAAAACACCUAGUAAGUUAACCUUUUCGUUGUUCAAUUCAUUUGUGUAUCAAGGAAUAUCCAAAAUGUUUGUGUCAGUCAACUAACAAGUUUUGGUGAUCGAGACUGUACAUAUGUCAGUGUAACACAACUACUCUGACAUGGCGUGGGAGCUUAUUUCUUAUGCUGUGGGUUAUGUCAGUAGUAUGGUUACUUAUGUUAUGUUGAUAUUUCAGGAUGCCGACUAAGACUUCUUCAUUCUUCCACUUAUCAUCCGGGCACGCAAAUAAGAAUACUGAAUCCUGGUUAAACUUACAGUACUUUAUUGAACACACUUUAUACUGAUAAUAUUAAUAAAUAAUCCUUGCAUGAAUGUAAUUUCACAUAUAUAUCUAUAGUAUUCCAUCAUUAAGAAAGACACGUCCUCACACUAAACUGUCAACUGUCUAAUCACACAGCUCUCACGCUACUGUUCUCUACUGCUCUGCGCUCCGCUCUCACUAUCUCAGUCAACUCAUACUUUAUUACCAGCAAAGCGUGGAAAACAACCGCUCUGACAAAAACAUAAUUUUACUCUCCAAAAACGUGGAGUUCACAUUUGCAUCUCAAAAUACAAUCCAUUGUCUCUGCCCGUGGAAAAAACAUGGUCAACACAAUUCAUUGUUCACUCAUGCUACCUCUCUGUUUUCAUGUGAAAACAUAGUCCGUUACAGUCAGUCAACUGACAAGUUUUUGGUGAUCGAGACGGUACAUGUCUGUCAACUGACAAGUUUUGGUCAUCGAGACGGUACAUGUUAAUUUUCAAUUUUAAGCUAAUUCCUUCAUAAUCUAGACAUAGAAAUAAGAAAUUUAAUCAACAAUUAUUGCAUAAAGGUCAGACUAUUUUUUUAAAAUCAAGAAGUUCAACUUUUUUAAGAAAACAAUUUUUGAAAACCACCAGACUUCUUUAUUUUUGGGAGCAACGAAAUGAAAUCAUAUUAAUUAUUAUUAGAUCCAUUCUCCACAUUGGUUUAUUUUAUAGUAGAAUUUGCAGGUCAUGGGCAAAAAAACGUUUCCAGAUAUCUUUGGCAUUUUUCUAUUAAUCCAGAUAUUCUAGGCACCUUUCUACGAAUCCAGAUUUUUUAGGUACGUGUCCACAUUUAAAGACAUCCCGAGCAGCAGUCCAUAUUGACAUAUAAACUGUGGAUUGUGUACAUAUUUUCUUAUAUCCAAUGCCACCCAUUUCCCAUGAGCCUGAUCUUUGGCAAAUGUCCUCAUAUCCAGACAUCCUCAUCAUGGGUAACUGUCCUCAUAUCCAGACAUCCUCAUCAUGGGUAACUGUCGUCAUAUCCAGACAUCCUGAUCAUGGGUAACUGUCCUCAUAUCCAAACAUCCUGAUCAUGGGUAACUGUCCUCAUAUCCAGACAUCCUGAUCAUGGGUAACUGUCCUCAUAUCCAGACAUCCUGAUCAUGGGUAACUGUCCUCAUAUCCAGACAUCCUGAUCAUGGGUAACUGUCCUCAUAUCCAGACAUCCUGAUCAUGGGUAACUGUCCUCAUAUCCAGACAUCCUGAUCAUGGGUAACUGUCCUCAUAUCCAGAUAUCCUGAUCAUGGGCAACUGUCCUCAUAUCCAGACAUCCUGAUCAUGGACAGCUGUCCUCAUAUCCAGACAUCCUGAAAGAUGGCUGCUGAUAGAGCUCAUACUAUAACACUAUAUUAUACGUUUUGUUUCAUACAGGAUUUGCCCUUCACCACAGAGGUUCUUACGUUCUGCAGCAAUGGAUCCGUUUUAACCAGUGUCGAUUAUUCUGAGUUUUUUUUUCCUUAUUUCUCUUCAAUACUGCAACUAGACAUUGUUUCUCUACAGCCACUUCUCCAACUACAGAUCCAGAUUUUGGAUGCCAGGAGAUGAGAACAAACAGAUGUACUACGGGUAAGAGAUUUGCCUCAAAUGAGCUUCCUUAAAUUGUAUCAUUGACUUUUGACCAUUAGAAUAUAUGUGCAAUGUUAAAUGAAAAUCACCAGCAAAAAGCUUGUCCAUAUGUCUCUUACAAUAUUUAGUUUGUAGUGAUACCCUAAAAUGCUAAACUAAUCGUAUUCCUUUCACUGAUCUUCGCUCCGUUCAUUUUUUUUUUAAUCGGUCAAUAAGUGAACUCCCUACAGAGGUUUUAACAUGGGUCCUUGAGGAGCUUGUGGCUUAAGGGGUGUAGUGAGGGGGUAGAAGUUCAUGUGAUAUUGUAGCAAGUUUGUUGAAAUUCAGGUGUAUGGUCCUUUACAAGUGUUCAAACAAGUGUAUGUUUUUUUUUUAUUAAUUACAGACCUAUUUAUUUCAUUUGUGCAGACGUAUUUAUUCAUUGCUUUCGAUCAUCAACAAAAAUAUUUCCCCAUUUUCACGAUGACUGACGUUGACAUGACUUACGCAUGAUGCUGUCAUCACUGUUUCACCAUGACAGACGUUGACAUGACUUACGUAGGAUGCUGUCAUCACAGUUUCACCAUGACUGACGUUGACAUGACUUACGCAUGAUGCUGUCAUCACUGUUUCACCAUGACAGACGUUGACAUGACUUAAGUAUGAUGCUGUCAUCACAGUUUCACCAUGACAGACGUUGACAUGUCUAAUGUAUAAUGUUGUCUUUACAGUUUCACCAUGGGGCCCGUACGUUUUAUCUCUCUGUCAACCGAAUUGUUCUUCUUUAAUGAUGGACAAGAGUACGUUAUGUACGAUCAAUACGAUUGGCUGGAUAAAGAAUUGGCUGUAAGUUCAAGGUCAACUGGUAGCAGUGGCGUAGCUAGGGUUCGUGUCAUCCUGUGCGGUAAACUCAUAGUGUUGCCCCCUCCUUCCGACACUUCCACUAUGGAUUUUUUUCUUGUUAAAAUAAGUCCACAGUAUAACAAUGACAAAAACAAAUUCAUUGAACGUCAGGAAGUAAAUGUAACAAUCUUAAGUUAUAGUUAUUUAUAGUAAAAAUUUACUUUAUUUAAACUUUUCUUUUCUGGUCUUCAAAGCUACAAGCUGUCAAUCACUUGAUCAAAACAAGAAAGCCUUGACUUUCCCAUGGUGGAUAGUACAUUGUUCUCCUGCUAUUCCCUUCUUUAACCUUAAUCUCUUUACCGAUAUUCCACAUUGGUCUCAUUUUAAAACGACCUUUGCAAUAGCAUGCUCCACCAAAUAACAGCGGUUCUCGUACAUUAACAAUCGUAACCCCUCUUCUAGGUUGUCACCACUUUGUCAAGAUUAAAGCCUUUAGUCUGCAGAUACAAUUUUAAAACGACCUUUGCAAUAGCAUGCUCCACCAAAUAACAGCGGUUCUCGUACAUUAACAAUCGUAACCCCUCUUCUAGGUUGUCACCACUUUGUCAAGAUUAAAGCCUUUAGUCUGCAGAUACUGAUGUGUAAGAUUAAUUUCUUCAAGUAGAUCAGCCCAACGUUAAAGGUAGAAGAGAAACGUGAAAUCACAAAGAACAUGUAAAAGACCUGGUGCCGUAUGACAACCGUGCUCAAAUGCUAAGGGGCGGUGCAAGUGACGAAUCGGCGAAUAUAUUUACUUUUAGUAUUAUCGGGUUUCAAAAGCAUUUCUUUACAUUGUACAUAAAUUUAAAUUAAUUAUUAAAAGAUAUUAGAAACUUUGUAAAUUCAUUUUGUAACGGUUCAAAUUUUUACCGAUUAGAUUCCUCUACGUAGAAUCGCCCGACCAUAUCGUAUUUAAUUUCAGUGGUAAAUCUAGUUUCCUUUCACCUACGAAAUCACCCAAUGCUUCAAUUAGCGUUGAAUCAUGGUCGAAACGAUGUUUUUCUGAUCUAAUUAUAGGGUCACCUCAUUUCUGACGCAUCAACCUUGAACUUUUAAUAAUACACGCAUUUGAAUGGUCGCAGGUUUGGAAGAUUUUCGUGUGAUCGAUUAACCUAUUAUGAUAUUUGAUUAGACCGAGCAGUUUAUGCCCUGUACAUAUUCAAGUUAUAAAUUUGAUGUCACCCCUGAGAUGGUUUCCUCCGGUGCGGUCCGCACCCGCGCACCCCUAGCUACGCCACUGAAUGUUAGUAGCAAGCAAAUUAAGCUUUACACAUACAGUUGUGCCGGAGAGUUAUUGUCUUAAUUGAUAACAUUCUAAAUUUGAUGUAAAUUUGCCCGGGUAGAUGGAACUAGUUAACCUUUGAUGGCAAGUAGUAGGCCAAUUCUGAAAUUAAACUCGGAGAUGGAGUCCCGUAGGCGGUAUGACAUUGCCAAUAUGAAAAUUCCGACAACUCCUGCGACGUGGAACGCAUAAGGGCACAGUGAGACACAAGAUGUAGUGCUGGUCAUCUACUACUAUACUGGUCUAAUUCUUGUCAUACGCAAGGACGAGAGAGUAACCCUGUCAAAAUUCCGACAACUCCUGCGACGUGGAACGCAUAAGGGCACAGUGAGACACAAGAUGUAGUGCUGGUCAUCUACUACUAUACUGGUCUAAUUCUUGUCAUACGCAAGGACGAGAGAGUAACCCUGUCAAUUGGGGAACUCUUCCUCACUUUAAACCAAAAAAAUCAAUUAAUUUGGUGUUAAUGAGCUUGAAACUUACUAACAAUUAAUUUGGUGAUAUUGAGCUUGAAACUUACUAACAAUUAAUUUGGUGUUAAUGAGCUUGAAACUUACUAACAAUUAAUUUGGUGAUAUUGAGCUUGAAACUUACUAACAAUUAAUUUGGUGAUAUUGAGCUUGAAACUUACUAACAAUUAAUUUGGUGAUAUUGAGCUUGAAACUUACUAAGACAAAAUUUGCCUUGAGGAUUAAAGUUGUAGAAAUAAUUUAUUUGUAUCACGAUAGAUAUGUUUUUGUUUACCGCAAGGUUGAAAUUUCAUUGAGCUGACAUGUCAUUAGGCUAAUAAGGAAGGAUGACAUGUCAUUAGGCUAAUAAGGAAGGAUAAGCCCACAUAGUUGAAUAUUAGUUAAAGGAUUUUUCUGAUCUACUUAGAAAGCCAACCUGCCAGAGAAUCGUGCCAAGCAGCCCUGAGUCAUCAUAUUUGGUCACAGGCCCAUGUACUGCUCCAACGACGAUACCGAUGACUGCACCAAAAGUGACAGUAUUGUAAGUUGUUUCAGCUAACUUGUUAGAGAUUUUUCAAAUAGCACUUCUCUUUCAAACAAAUCUUUAUUUUUUUUACACUUUGCCCUUUACCUUUAUAGGGAUCGCUGUCGCCAUUUACAAAUAACAGUGAAUAUCCUGUCUUGAACGAGUUCAUGUACUCAUUGCUCCACAUUUUUUAAAAAAGGUGGGGGGGGGGGUAAUGUCAUUGAAUGCCAAAUAGAUGAGUUUAUAAUUGUAGGCAGAUAGAGUUUGUAACUGUAGUCAGAUAGAGUUUGUAACUGUAGUCAGAUAGAGAUUGUAACUGUAGGAAGAUACAGUGUGUAACUGUAGUCAGAUAGAGAUUGUAACUGUAGUCAGAUAGAGUUUGUAACUGUAGGCAGAUAGAGUUUGUAACUGUAGUCAGAUAGAGUUUGUAUCUGUAGUCAGAUAGAGUUUGUAACUGUAGUCAGAUAGAGGUUGUAACUGUAGUCAGAUAGAAGUUGUAACUGUAGUCAUAUAGAGGUUGUAACUGUAGUCAGAUAGAGGUUGUAACUGUAAUCAGAUAGAGGUUGCAACUGUAGUCAGAUAGAGGUUGUAACUGUAGGCAGAUAGAGGUUGUAACUGUAGUCAGAUAGAGGUUGUAACUGUAGUCAGAUAGAGGUUGUAACUGUAGUCAGAUAGCGGUUGUAACUGUAGUCAGAUAAAGUUUGUAACUGUAGGCAGAUAGAGUUUGCAACUGUAUGCAGAUAAAGUUUGUAACUGUAGGCAGAUAAAGUUUGUAACUGUAGGCAGAUAAAGUUUGUAAUUGUAGGCAGAUAAAGUUUGUAACUGUAGGCAGAUAAAGUUUGUAACUGUAGUCAGAUAAAGUUUGUAACUGUAGGCAGAUAAAGUUUGUAACUGUAGGCAGAUAAAGUUUGUAACUGUAGGCAGAUAAAGUUUGUAACUGUAGGCAGAUAAAGUUUGUAACUGUAGUCAGAUAAAAUUUGUAACUGUAGGCAGAUAAAGUUUGUAACUGUAGGCAGAUAGAGUUUGCAACUGUAGGCAGAUAAAGUUUGUAACUGUAGGCAGAUAAUGUUUGUUACUUUAGGCAGAUACAGUUUGUAACUGUAGGCAGAUAGUGUUUGUUACUGUAGGCAGAUACAUUUUGCAGCUGUAGGCAGAUAGUGUUUGUAACUGCAGGCAGAUACAGUUUGUAACUGCAGGCAGCUACAGCUUGUAACUACAGGCAGAUACAGUUUGUAAGUGUACUCAGAUAUUUCCCCGUAACACCAAUCAUCAAUCAAAUGAUGCGUUACACCCAUCGUAUUUAUGUUAUCGCCAAGCGGGAAUCGGUCUGCAAACAACGAAAGGAUAACCAGCAUCAUGAGAAUGUUAGCCGUAAGUGUUGUGCAUUGUUAGUGGAGUACUUGAAUGUUAUACUGUCUGGUGUAGGAUAUGUGCACAUUAAUUUAUAAAUAAACAAAGCAUUAUCCCAACAGACAGAAACCAAAGUAUAGUUUAUAGUGUAAUUCGACAAAUCAAGCCUUUUAUACAUAUUUUUUUGCAUCUUUACAUUCCAUAUGGGAAUAAAAUAGUCAUUUCAUUAUUAUUUAAUGUGUUGUUGUAUCUUCUCAGGUUCGCAUUGGACAGCCAUCAAUAAAACUGAAAGGUUGGGAGGAGUUACUCUACAGAUACGGAGUGGAUGUUGCUAUCUGGGCCCAAGAACAUUCUUAUGAGAGGCUUUGGCCCAUCUAUAAUAAACAGGUCAUUUAUAAAUUUAUGAACAUUUGUAUGGGAGGCUUUGACCCAUCUAUAAUAAACAGGUCAUUUAUAGAUCUAUGAACAUUUGUAUUGGAGGCUUUGGCCCAUCUAUAAUAAACAGGUCAUUUAUAGAUUUAUGAAAAUUUGUAUGGGAGGCUUUGGCCCAUCUAUAAUAAACAGGUCAUUUAUAGAUUUAUGAACAUUCGUAUGGGAGGCUUUGGCCCAUCUAUAAUAAAUAGGUCAUUUAUAGAUCUAUGAACAUUUGUAUGGGAUGCUUUGGCCCAUCUAUAAUAAACAGGUCAUUUAUAGAUCUAUGAACAUUUGUAUGGGAGGCUUUGGCCCAUCAAUAAUAAACAGGUCAUUUAUAGAGUUAUGAACAAUUGUAUGGGAGGCUUUGGCCCAUCUAUAAUAAACAGGUCAUUUAUAGAGUUAUGAACAAUUGUAUGGGAGGCUUUGGCCCAUUUAUAAUAAACAGGUCAUUUAUAGAGUUAUGAACAAUUGUAUGGGAGGCUUUGGCCCAUCUAUAAUAAACAGGUUAUUUAUAGAUCUAUGAAAAUUUGUAUGGGAGGCUUUGGCCAAUCAAUAAUAAACAGGUUAUUUAUAGAUCUAUGAAAAUUUGUAUGGGAGGCUUUGGCCAAUCAAUAAUAAACAGGUCAUUUAUAGAUCUAUGAACAUUUGUAUGAGAGGCUUUGGCCCAUCUAUGAUAAACAGGUUAUUUAUAGAUCUAUGAAAAUUUGUAUGAGAGGCUUUGGCCAAUCAAUAAUAAACAGGUUAUUUAUAGAUCUAUGAAAAUUUGUAUGGGAGGCUUUGGCCAAUCAAUAAUAAACAGGUCAUUUAUAGAUCUAUGAACAUUUGUAUGAGAGGCUUUGGCCCAUCUAUAAUAAACAGGUCAUUUAUAGAUUUUGAAUAUUCAUAAUAUGAGAGGCUUCCAAUUAAUUCUUCUUUUUCUAACAAAUACAAUGGACAAAUGUCAUAGAUUAAAGCUAACAAAACCGUUACCGUCAGCAUCAGUUAUGUUCUGGACACAUGCCUGAGAGGCUAUUGAAGACUGGACAUAGGGCCUACCUGCCUAAGAUGAUAUUUAAGACUGGAUAUUUGGCCUAGAGAGGCUACUGAAGACUGCUGUUGCAUUAAUUAGUGAGAGUCAUUGCAGUUCUUGCUUCACAUUAUUUCACAAUGUUUCCCUAGUUUACCUCCAUUCUACCUUGAGACAAUUUUUUUUUUUAAUCGCUCGUUUUGGUUCUGCCGUCUGCAGGUCUUCAAUGGAAGUUACAACGAACCUUACACCAACCCCAAAGCCCCUGUCCACAUCACCACUGGCUCAGCUGUAAGUAGUAGCUAAUAUAGCUUCUAUUGAUAAGAUAGGAUGACUUAAGGGAUGGUCUUUUACUUAAUAAAAGUUAACUUGCAAUAACUCUUCAAGAAAGAUACAGACAGCAGAGACUUUUUAACAAUACAGGACAUUUUUUAACACUCUGUUGUCACAUACCCAUUUUAAGUGUAACUGUUACCGGAAAUUUAUUUUAAAGAAAUUUGGUCGACGGAAAAUUGAUCGACGGAAGUUUGAUGGAACGGAAAUUUGAUCGAAUUAAAUUUGGUCGAUCGGAAGUUUUGUAGAAUUUUUUUUUCACUUCACACGAUCUUAUUUUCUUCAAAUUUCUUUUUGAACCCACUAUACUAUAUAGUCAAAGAAAAUGAUGCUUUCAAAAAGAAGUUUGACGCAAAAUUUGACUGGGAAAAAAAAUUCGACCAAGUAGCGUUCGACCAAACUUCCGCUCGAUCAUAUUUCCGUCGAUCACACUAUACUAUAUAGUCAAAGAAAAUGAUGCUUUCAAAAAGAAGUUUGACGCAAAAUUUGACUGGGAAAAAAAAUUCGACCAAGUAGCGUUCGACCAAACUUCCGCUCGAUCAUAUUUCCGUCGAUCAAUUUUCCGUCGACGAAAUUUCUUUCAAACAAAUUUCUAGAUACUAAAUGUCACAGAUAUUAAAGAGAGUGGUUGGGUCCUAAAAAUAAGUCGCUCUCUACACAUUUUCGCAGACAACUUGUGAAUGAUAAAUAAAUGUUUAAUCCGCAGGAUAGAUUAUAAUGACAUGACUUUUGUCUCCCUUUGGGGGAGUGAUUUUUAAUGCAGAGUGUUAUUGUUUGCCAAAGUCUACCAUUUAUCGAUAGUUUUAUUGCUGUUUAUCAAUGAAGGGUUGUCAUGAAAGCCAUGAUCGAUUCAAGAAGAAAGUGAGCGAAUGGUCGGCGUUUAGAAGUCUGGACUAUGGCUACACUCGUAUGAAGGUGUACAACCAAACUCACCUGUACAUGGAGCAAGUUUCAGACGAUAAGGUAACAUUUAGUGAAGUUUUUAAUUAGUUUUGUACCAAGUGUCUCUCCAAGUGAAUUGAGUUGAGACUUAACAUCCAUGGAACAUUGCAAAGUGAAUGGUGUUGAGACUUAAUAUCCAUGGAACAUUUCAAGGCGAAUGGGGUUGAGACUAAACAUCCAUGGAACAUUGCAAGGUGAAUGGACUUGAGACUAGACUUAACAUCCAUGGAACAUUGCAAAGUGAAUGGUGUUGAGACUUAAUAUCCAUGGAACAUUUCAAGGCGAAUGGGGUUGAGACUAAACAUCCAUGGAACAUUGCAAGGUGAAUGGACUUGAGACUAGACAUUCAUGGAACAUUGCAAAGUUUGAGUUUUUAAUGGGACAAUGUUAUUAGGACUAUUAAAAUACGAGAUAAUUGUUUUUUUUACAUACCUCUAUUCGUACAUGGCAUUAUUAUUUACAUGACAUUCUAGUACAUGGCAUUAUUUGCACCUGACAUUCCAGUACAUGGCAUGAUAUGUACACUGCAUUCUAGUACAUUUCAUCAUUUUUGCAUGGCAUUCUAGUACAUGGUUUUAUUUGUAUAAGGCAUUCUAGUACAUGGCUUUAUUUGUUCAUGUCAUUAUUUGUACAUGGCAUUGUUGGUAUGUGUCAUUCUAGUACAUGACAUUAUUUGUAUAUGGCAUAAUUUUUACAUGGCAUUCUAGUACAUGGCAUUAUUUGUAAAAGACAAUAAAAUUCAUUUUUUUUAGAAUGGAAACACUAAAAUCUGGAAAUUAAAUUAAUGUGUUUAUAAAUUAUUUUAUAUGAUAUAUCAUUAAAUUAUUUGAUGCCGUUUGAUCAAAUGUCGCUAUUAUUAAAUUUAAAUUUAUGUGUUUAUAAACUUAAAAUAAUGUAUUUCAAAGGGUUUUUACAUUUAAUAUAGCGGGUAAUCAUAGACUACGAAUAAAAUGAUGGAGUAUAACAAAAAUAUAUUAAACAUCUAAUGAACAUCUAUGUAAUCUCAACGCAAACAUGAAGCUCAUGACGGUUGAACACUGAUCUUAGUCGGUGUUCUUUCUAGGUUUCAACAGAGCGCAGUUAAAACAUACUUUGGAGAUCUCCUUUGUUGUUGCUGGAAGUAGCACAGGUUCUACUUUCGUCAAUAGCACAGGUUCUACUUUCGUCAGUAGCACAGGUUCUACUUUCGUCAAUAGCACAGGUUCUACUUUCGUCAGUAGCACAGGUUCUACUUUCGUCAAUAGCACAGGUUCUACUUUCGUCAGUAGCACAGGUUCUACUUUCGUCAGUAGCACAGGUUCUACUUUCGUCAGUAGCACAGGUUCUACUUUCGUCAAUAGCACAGGUUCUACUUUCGUCAAUAGCACAGGUUCUACUUUCGUCAACAGCACAGGUUCUACUUUCGUCAACAGAAAAGGAGAUCUCUAACGUUUUUUUUAAAACUGUGCUCUGUUUUUGUCGUAUUUUCAUUGAUCCUGUUUGCUGAAGAAGGCUCUAAGCCGAAACAUUCAAAUCUUAUUGUCCCGUCUUUUGAUUCAAGCUUCCACAUACCUUGUUCCACUAUUUCAUUCACACAGCUUGAACGCAGUCCUUCAUUUAUUAUCUUUUAUCCUAUUGGUAUGAAGGUUUUAACGUUAUGAACGGUAAAACGCUAUUCUAACUGCUACCAAAUAAUUCGAUCGAUAUCUUCAAUUUUACAAAACUGCUAAAACUUGAAUAAUAUCUGUCCUGGAAAUCUCAGUGGUCAGUUUAACGUGAAUGUCUUGUCAUGGCAAUCUGAUUGUCAAUUUAACUUGAAUGUUUUGUCAUGAUAAUGUGAUUGGUCACUGUAACUUGAAUAUCUAUCCUGACAAUCUGAUACGUCAGUGUAAUUUAAAUAUCUGUCCUGGCAAUCUCAUUGGUCAGUUAAAAGUGAAUGUCUUGUCAUGGCAAUCUGAUUGGUCAGUGUAACUUUAAUAUCUGUCCUGACAAUCUGAUUGGUCAGUGUAACUUGAAUGACUUGUCAUGGCAAUCUGAUUGGUAAAUUUAACUUGAAUGUCUUGUCAUGGCAAUCUGAUCUGUCAGAUUAACUUAUAUGUCUUGUCAUGAUAAUGUGAUUGAUCAAUGCAACUUGUAUGUAUUUUUAUGGCAAUUUGAUUUGUCAGUUUAACUUAAAUGUCUUGUCGUGGCAAUCUGAUUGGUUAGUUAAACUUGAAUGUCUUGUCAUGGCAAUCUGAUUCGUCAGUGUAACUUGAGUAUCUUGUCAUUUUAAUGUGAUUAGUCAGUGUAACUUGAAUGUCUUAUCAUGGCAAACUGAUUUGUCAGUUUACCUUGAAUAUCUGUCCUGGCAAUCUGAUUGGUGAGUUUAACUUAAAUAUCUGUCCCGGCAAUCUGAUUUGUCAGUUUAACUUGAAUGUCUUGUCUUGGCAAUCUGCAUAAUCAGUUUAACUUGAAUGUUUUGUCAUGGUAAUCUGAACGGUCAUUUUAACUUGAAUGUCUUGUCAUAGUAAUCUGAUUGGUCAGUGUAACUUGAAUAUCUUGUCAUGUAAAUCUUAUUUGUCAGCUAAACUUGAAAGUUUUGUCAUGGAAAUCUGAUUGGUCAGUUAACUUGAAUGUCAUGCCAUGGUAAUCUGAUGGUAAGAUUUUGCUUGUCCUCAUACAUAUAUUGUUUUAUUUCCACAGGAUGGGGCCAUCAUAGACAGAGUUAUGCUUAUCAAAGAUUCACAUGGAUCUUAUUCUGAAAAACCAAAUCCCGUGACACCCAUGGGUGACCCCUUGAAGAAAAUCUGGAAAAAUUGGCAGAGGGUCAAGGCCAUGGCCAAGGACACUCAAUAGUAACACUUUUUAAAGAGAUUGUUUUGUCAUCUUACAUUAAAACACCUCUAACCUACCAGUGUGAGGUGAUUUAAACUUGGCUGAUUAGUUCAAGAAACAGAAACUGUCACAGCUGUAACUUACGCAUAAUAAUCUGCUCAACUUUAAAAAUGUGCGUACACGAAGAUCUUAAAUAGAUUCUAUUGGUUGACUACUCAUUGUACCCAUCAAUUUAUCAAAAACAGCAUUUGAGCUUGCCCUAGCUCAAAUAUCAUAUUGCAA